UCCCCGCAAGGAGCCCCUGAGAAGCUGGUCCCUUUUUGUCCUAGAUAUAGGGGCGUCCAAGAUGGUGGAGUCUUUAGGGUCGAAUAUGAUCCGAGGCAAGCUCAUAUUCAGGUUUGGGGCAAGAAGCAUUAAUUGACCCUUAAUUUUUUCGGUGGAACGGAAAACUUCGGUAAAAUAGCUUCUGACCUUCGGAACAGAUGUAUUCACCUUGGAGAGGAAAAAUCUCUUUCUAGAAGAGUCUUGAGGUCUAGCACCUUUAGACUUAACGGGGGACGGCUGGGCGUCAGAGGAAGAAAUUCCGAAUGACUUCCCUUUCUUCCUAAGUCCUUCUUUCCAAAUCUGUAAAAGACUACGUGUACUUUGCUGGAGGUGGUUUGACACUCAUGCUCCUUGAGAAGGAGGGUCUUGCUGUGUCACCCAGGCCGGAGUGCAAUGGCGUGAUCAGAAGCUGCACACUCAGUGGAAGAGAACGACCAUCCCCAAUAGAGGAGGACUGGUCUUCGGUCAAGGACAACAAGGGAGGUGUCACAGUUUUCCAUUUAGAUCAACAACUUCAAGUUCUUACCAUGGAAAAUUCCGAGAAGACUGAAGUGGUUCUCCUUGCUUGUGGUUCCUUCAAUCCCAUCACCAACAUGCACCUCAGGUUGUUUGAGCUGGCCAAGGACUACAUGAAUGGAACAGGAAGAUACACAGUUGUCAAAGGCAUCAUCUCUCCUGUUGGUGAUGCCUACAAGAAGAAAGGACUCAUUCCUGCGUAUCACCGGGUCAUCAUGGCAGAACUUGCCACCAAGAAUUCCAAAUGGGUGGAAGUUGAUACAUGGGAAAGUCUUCAGAAGGAGUGGAAAGAGACUCUUAAGGUGCUAAGACACCAUCAAGAGAAAUUGGAGGCUAGUAACUAUGAUCAGCCGCAGAACUCACCUGCGCUAGAAAGGCUUGGAAGGAAGAGGAAGUGGACUGAAAAACAAGAUUCUAGUCAAAAGAAAUCCCUAGAGCCAAAAACAAAAGCGGUGCCAAAGGUCAAGCUGCUGUGUGGGGCAGAUUUAUUGGAGUCCUUUGCUGUUCCCAAUUUGUGGAAGAGUGAAGACAUCACCCAAAUCGUGGCCAACUAUGGGCUCAUAUGUGUUACUCGGGCUGGAAAUGAUGCUCAGAAAUUUAUCUAUGAAUCGGAUGUGCUGUGGAAACACCGGAGCAACAUUCACGUGGUGAAUGAAUGGAUCACUAAUGACAUCUCAUCCACAAAAAUCCGGAGAGCCCUCAGAAGGGGCCAGAGCAUUCGCUACUUGGUACCAGAUCUUGUCCAAGAAUACAUUGAAAAGCAUAAUUUGUACAGCUCUGAGAGUGAAGACAGGAACGCUGGGGUCAUCCUGGCCCCUUUGCAGAGAAACACUGCAGAAGCGAAGACAUAGGAAUUCUACAGCGUGAUGUUUUGGACUUCCCAUUCGGGGAUCUGAAACAAUCUGGGUGUUACUAACUGGGGAAAGAAGUUGUGGUCUGUUGCCUAAACUAAAGCUUAAAAGUUUAGUAAAAAUCAUCUGGGCGCAGUGGCUCACGCCUGUAAUCCCAGCAGUUUGGGAGGCUGAGGCGGGUGGAUCACAGGGUCAAGAGAGAGAGACCAUCCUGGCCACAAUAUGGUGAAACCCCAUCUCUACUAAAAAUACAAAAAUUAGCUGUGUGUGGUGGUGUGUGCCUGUAGUCCCAGCUACUUGGGAGGCUGAGGCAGGAGAAUCGCUUGAACCCAGUUGGUGGAGUUUGCAGUGAGCUGAGAUCGCACCACUGUACUCCAGCCUGGUGACAGCAAGACUCCGU